AUGGAAGCCAAGGCAAAUAUAGUUGAGAGCAAUCCUUCAAAGCAGAAAUCUGAUUCCCAGAAAAAUAAGAAGUCUACAAAGAAAUUUGUACCAGCGGCUAAAGGGAAGGAUUUCAAGAGGAUAAAAGGUGGUUGUUGGGUUUGUGGGAAACCAGGUCACAGAGCACAGGAAUGUCACCAUAGAAGGGACCACAAUCCUGCAAAUUCAAACAACCAGCCCAGGAACAAUCAAGCAAAUGUUACAGAAGUAGAAGAUGAUUUGGCUGCAGUAGUUUUUGAGACAAAUAUGGUCUCAGAUUUUUCUGACUGGUGGAUAGACACUGGAGCCACUUGCCAUAUUUGUGGUGAUAGAGCAAUGUUCUCUACUUGCCAGAAAAUAGAUGGUGAUGAGCACUUAUACAUGGGAAAUUCUUCUGCAUCUGCAGUAAUGGGAAAUGGCAAGGUGUAUUUGAAGUUUACCUCUGGAAAAGAACUAACCCUCCUAGAUGUGCUACAUGUGCUAGAAAUUCGAAAGAAUUUGGUUUCUGGUCCAAUUCUUAGCAAUAAGGGAUUCAAACUAGUGUUUGAGUCUAACAAAUUUGUAUUGACUAAGGGGGGAAUGUUUGUAGGCAAAGGCUAUCUUGCUGAUGGAUUGUUUAAACUCAAUGAUGUGUAA